AUGCCAAAGGUGCCUAUACGAAGCCGGCUCAAUAAGAAAAUAAGGCCCUAUCUGGCAAGAAUGUACCUGAAAAAAAAUAAUGAUGACGCCUCAACUCCAACAUCGCAUACAGCUACUACUGCACAGCCAGUGACUGCUUCCUCAGCAUCCGUGCGCUCUCGCUCUUCGGCUGGGGACAUACCGAUGGGAUUCGAGAUAACUCAAACAGACAAGACGACUCGGUCGAGCUCAUGGGCAUUUUGGCAGACCGCUCCGGGGUCAAUUAGCACUGCAAAUUCACAAUCUGGCGAUCACACAGACCUCCCUUUAGACACAACUACACAAAAAGACGAUUCUGAUACGGCUGCCUCCAGCGGCCCGGCCAAAAAUGCUACCAGCAAAGGCCUAGAAGCAGAAACUUCAUUGAAAACGGGGGAAACUGCUCAGCGCAGUUGGUUACCGUGGCCCAGAUCUGCGUCUUCUGCCUCUCUAAAGGACUUGUUGAUCGACCCAUCAUCGCCAUCUGGGAAUGAACCUGCACAGGAGCCCAACGGAAACCGCAGCUGGUCGAUAUGGAGUUUGGGAGGUGGCGCUAAUGGAAGUGCGAACGAAGUACAGGAUAAACCGAAGGAGAUCAUUGGUCCUUCGAAUACCAUAAUAACGGAAGACGCCGUGUUGUUUGAGCCAGCAACCAGAAAGGCGCAAUCGGUUCAGUCGGAGGAAGUUUCCGAUCAGAAGCCGAACUUGAAUAAAGUGGUUCCGAAGAUAGAGCAGUGUUUGCCGACAGAGUCCUUCGCGUCUUCUGUGUACAACGCCUACCAGAAGUACUACAGGCGAAUGGGUGGUGCUGCUUACGAGCCUCUACAUCUCUCCAGAAUCCGGCCUACCACCGUAAAGAGAGUUCUUAUAGUGGGAAUUCAUGGAUUUUUCCCAAACAAAUUGCUACGACCUCUUCUUGGAGAGCCCACUGGAACUUCCAUACGGUUUGCACGUGAGGCUGAGAAGGCCGUUCUCAAAUGGGCUAAAGAGCAGAACAUGGAGGUUGCGAUCCAGAAAAUUGCUCUGGAAAAGGAGGGAAAAGUAAUGGACAGGGUCGAUUUUUUCUUCGAGCUGAUGGCCAAAUGGCAGAAUGAAAUCAAACAGGCAGAUUUCAUCUUCGUCACGGCCCAUUCCCAGGGAUGUCCUGUUUCCAUAUUGCUGAUGUCCAAACUCAUAGAAUAUGGAUUCAUAACCGAAAACCAAAGGGCUGGAAUAUUGGCAAUGGCUGGGGUCAAUAAUGGUCCUUAUUUUGGUAUAGACCAGAAGUUCUUUGUGAGAGCGUAUUCAACCAUUGAAAACGAGUCAAUGCUGGAACUUUUUGAGUUCCAACACUUUGAUUCUUUGUUGUCCAGGAAAUAUGUCGAGUCGUUGAGGAUCAUAAUAAACAAUAAUGUCAAGGUUCUUUUUGUGGGCUCCAUUGACGACCAGCUGGUUCCGUUAUAUUCUGCAAUCGCGUCUCAUGUGAUCCAUCCAAACAUCUACAGGGCAGUAUAUAUCGACGGCACUUCCAACACUCCGGCCUUUGUCUCAAGAAUAGUCUCCAUGUCAUGUUCUCUGAUGAAUCUGGGAUUUUCAGACCAUGGAGUAAUCAAGGAAAUCAGCAAGUUCCUGGCUGGUCCUUUGACAGGCGGGGGCCACUCCCGGAUAUACAAUGAUAUUCAAGUGUACGACCUGGGUCUGGAGUUUUUUCUCUCCACAAACGAUCUGAACGCCCAAAACUCAAACCCACAACCUGUUCAUUUCAAGGGUUUUGAUAUCAAACAGUUGGGAGCCAACCCGUUCCAUCUUCCAUGGUGUAUGCGUGGUCUGAUUUUUGAGGCGACAAAACGUCUGCCUUCGGGAAAAGAACAGGUUGAUCUUAUGUUUGACGAGUUUGACUCGUGGAACCCGGAAUCGAAGGUUUUGAAAGACAUGAAGUACCGUUUAAAUGGUAUUAGGAUAAGCCUGUGA